CUAGAACUACAAAUAUCACAAAAGGAAAACAUGAAAAAUGCAUAUGAUCGGUAAACAAAUGGAAAUAAAAAUAUGUUUUCUAAAUCAAAACACAGGGUAACACCUGAGGAAUAUAUAAAGCGUAACUGGCUCUUGGUUGCUAUCAUAACUUGCAUAUUUUUAGCUGGCAUAUAUCCGAAAUUCGGUUCAAAAGAAGGGCCACUAUACACACAGUAUUCCGUCAAGUAUGGUGCUAUCUGCAUAAUCUUUCUCAUAAGCGGACUGACCUUAAAGACUUCCAGUAUAUUUCGUACUUUCCAACAAUAUAAAUUACAUUUAUUUAUUCAGACUUUCACUUUCAUUCUGAUCCCCAUCGUUACCCAGGUUUUUGUGAAAUUUCUGAGUUUAUUCGGAACUAAUUCAUGGAUACUGAGAGGGUUGAUUACAGUGUCGUGUAUGCCACCUCCAGUAUCGAGUGCUGUGAUUUUAACAAGAACGGCCAAAGGCAACGAAACUGCGUCUAUUUUCAACUCGGUUUUAGGUAGCUUUUUAGGGAUAGUUUUAACUCCAAUACUUUUACUUUUUAAUCUUGGUUCGACAAUGGUAGUUCCACUAUUAGCUACUGUGAUACAACUCACUACGACAGUAUUAAUUCCAUUGAUUAUAGGACAGGUUGUUAGGAAUUUCACAAAUUUCAAAGAGCACAAAUUCCCUUUGAAUACCAUCGGACAGGCUGCUUUACUGUUUGUGAUUUACACAACUUUUUGUGAUACUUUCUUGGUAUCAGAGACAGGACUGAGUGCUAUUGACGUGCUAAUCACGGUUCUAGCAGUACUUUUCUUACAAAUAUCUUUCAUGCUGAUUAGUUUUUUCCUAUCGCAAUAUUUCAGCAAUAGUUUUACAAGGGCAGAUAUUGUUUCUAUUACGUUUUGUUCAACUCAUAAAUCGCUUACUUUAGGCAUUCCGAUCUUGAGGAUUAUGUUCCAGGGUUAUUCCCACUUGAGUCAGAUAAGUUUACCGUUGCUCGUGUAUCAUCCAACACAGAUAAUACUUGGGGGUAUGGUGGUUAGUCAAUUGAAAGACUGGAUAUUACUUGAGAGAGGCAGAAAACCUCCUAUUUGAAAAAAAACAUUUGGAAUGUUUAAUAUCAAUAUAUUAACAAAUUGAUUCAAUAAAAAUCAAUAAUUAAC